AAUAAAUAAAAAGAAAAGAUAAUUUUCAAUAUUUACCAGCGGGCGUCUAUAAAUAGAGGAUUACAAAUGCAGUUUAAGAGAUAAUUUCCACAAAAGCCACUUUAUCACAAAUGUUCUUAAAACGAACCUAAUCAAAUAAAUGAAACUGUGAAUUCCCUCGAAUUAAGCAAUUUCUAGACUGCAUCUUCAGUUAUAUAAAGUCUACUUUCUCUGUGUGUUUAUCACUUGAGUCAACAAUCCAAGUGAAAAAAGAACCUAUAAAUUUUUUGCUGAGAUGCUCAUGAUGUGAUAUUUGCCAAGUGCUGCGCCCAGUCAGCCGAUCUGCCAUAAAAAAAAACAGGUUAACGCCGGCGAAAAUGUUCUACCCAACUUGCUAAACAGAAACGUCAACUAGCAACGCUGACAGAUAUCGAUAAAACCACCAUAUUCGAUAGCUCGCAAUGCAUCUGAGCAAUGAACCGGAAAUGAAUGAUUAUUCGCAUCAGAACAGUAUCACCAUUGAUUUGACGGCCGCCAAGAACUGCAGUACUUCCUCCACGGAUUCGGGUGUUAUUUUAAACGAUAAUGCGGCUGUAUUUCGGCGGGACAAAGAGACCAAAGAUAAGGCAGAAAAGCAUGGCGACCCGGAAGCGCCUGGAGCCCAAGCUGAUACACCAUCGGAUGCCAAGCGUAUCAGCAUAGAGCACACUGUAAAUAUCACCCAGAGUGCCACCAAAAAGUCGUCACCCACGGUGUCCGUUCGAAGCACCACCAUCUCGAUUGUUUCCAUCGACGAGAAUGCCCCCGAUUCCAGUUGCAUCGAUAGUGACUCGGAGGCGGAUGCCGAGGACUAUACGAUUCAGAAACUGGGCCACCAGGUCAGCUACCCGCCCAACAGUUCCCACCUGCGCGACCUCAACCAAGGACUCACAGUGAUCGCCCGCCAGGUGGCGCCUAGUCAGGCGGAAGUGCCACCCCCAACGCCCUGCGCAGCCGGAGCCGUGGCCAAGCAAAUUCUUAACGGGAAUCUGGCCCUGGCCACGCCCACAGCUCCGCCGGGCGGAGGUGCUACCCAGGGCAUUGGAAGUAUUGCGCUUACCAAUUCCACGGACGUUACCUUUGGGGAUAAGCAUUUCUACGAGGGACCCGUGACGAUACAACAGUUUCUUAUCGAUAACCGUGAUAAGUGGAAAUCGGGGGACGGCUCUGGAGGUGGACAGGAUAAUCCAGGCUUCAAUGGCGGAACUACAGCAAAUGGUAGUGCUACGGGUUCUAAGCUGGACGAUCCACAGACGCCACCCCUUUGUCCUUUUCUGCCCAAUACCGUUGGUCGCAAGGCCGUCACAAUAACAGUGGUCUUUGUGCUACUUACCACUGUGCUGGGCAUCGUUCUGGCCACAACCACAAAUCUCUUCGGAAAAACACUGAACCAAAGUAAGCUCGGCGACGUCGACGAUUCCAGACAAAAUAUUCCAAUCAAUUCAACAAUAGAUAUGGACAAUAUAGGUGGCGGUUUGAUUCUGAGAUUCGUGGAGCGCCAACAGUGGCUCGCCCAGCCGCCGCAGAAGAAGCUGCCAGACCUUCAGUUGCCCGUCGGAUUGGUGAUCGUCCUGCCAACGAACACGGACAACUGCACCACCCAGGCGGCUUGCGUUUUCCGAGUGCGACUCCGGCAAACCUUUGACAUAGAAUCCUUGCAGGAGGACGACAUAGCCUUUAAUUUCCUGAUCGGCGCCGAUGGAAACGUCUACGUGGGCAGGGGCUGGGAUCAAGUGGGUGCCCACAUGACCGGCUAUAACUCCCGAAGUCUUAGUCUGGCCUAUAUCGGAUCUUUCCAGACCCAGAAGCCGUCGGACAAGCAGCUAAGUGUCACCCAUCUGCUGCUGCAAAGGGGCGUGAAGCUGGGCAAGAUUUCUCCCAACUACAAACUGACGGCGGCCAGCAAAUUGGAGCCCAGUCUUACCCAAUACAAGGCGGAUGCCCUCUACCAUAGCUUCGGCAACUGGUCCCAUUGGUCGUGAACUAGUUAAGAUUUAUACUAAAAUCAUAUUGAUAUUAUUGUAUAGUAUAGUUUUGUCUUCCCUUUAAUGUGUGGCAUAUUUGAUUUAGCUAGAAAUACGAUUUGUUUUGAAAAAAAAAAAUGUGAUAUUAAAUGAAGCGAAAAGAUUAA